GGAAAAUACUUUGAAAUCCAGUUCAGUCCAGGUGGGGAACCAGAUGGUGGAAAGAUCUCCAACUUCCUUCUGGAAAAAUCUAGGGUGGUGAUGAGGAACCCCGGAGAGCGGAGUUUUCACAUAUUUUACCAGCUCAUUGAAGGUGCCUCCGCAGAGCAGAAGCAUAGCCUUGGCAUCACCAGCAUGGACUACUAUUACUACCUGAGCCUCUCCGGGUCUUACAAGGUUGAUGACAUUGACGACAGGCGGGAGUUUCAGGAAACUCUGCAUGCAAUGAAUGUGAUCGGGAUCUUCGCAGAAGAGCAAACGCUGGUGUUGCAGAUAGUGGCGGGAGUUCUCCACCUAGGAAACAUCAGCUUCAAAGAAGUCGGCAACUACGCAGCAGUGGAGAGUGAAGAGUUUCUGGCUUUUCCUGCAUAUCUGCUGGGGAUAAACCAGGACCGGUUGAAAGAAAAGCUAACGAGCCGGCAGAUGGAUAGCAAGUGGGGAGGCAAGUCCGAGUCCAUCCACGUGACCCUCAACGUGGAGCAGGCCUGUUACACCAGGGACGCACUCUCCAAGGCCCUGCAUGCCCGGGUCUUCGAUUUCUUGGUGGAUUCUAUCAAUAAAGCCAUGGAGAAGGACCAUGAAGAAUACAACAUUGGCGUCUUGGACAUCUAUGGCUUUGAAAUAUUCCAGAAAAAUGGCUUUGAACAGUUUUGUAUCAAUUUUGUGAAUGAAAAGUUACAGCAGAUUUUUAUUGAACUGACAUUAAAGGCAGAACAGGAAGAAUAUGUUCAAGAGGGAAUAAGAUGGACACCCAUUGAGUACUUCAAUAACAAAAUCGUGUGUGACCUCAUAGAGAACAAAGUCAACCCUCCUGGGAUCAUGAGCAUCCUGGAUGAUGUGUGCGCCACGAUGCAUGCGGUGGGUGAGGGGGCAGAUCAGACGCUGCUGCAGAAACUUCAGAUGCAGAUUGGGAAUCACGAGCACUUCAACAGCUGGAACCAGGGCUUCAUCAUCCACCACUACGCUGGGAAGGUAUCCUAUGACAUGGAUGGCUUUUGUGAAAGGAACCGUGAUGUGCUUUUUAUGGAUCUGAUCGAACUUAUGCAGAGCAGUGAACUACCUUUUAUAAAGUCUUUAUUUCCGGAAAAUCUGCAAGCUGACAAGAAAGGGCGCCCAACUACUGCCGGGAGCAAAAUAAAGAAACAAGCCAAUGACCUUGUGAGCACCCUGAUGAAAUGUACACCCCACUACAUUCGCUGCAUAAAACCAAAUGAAACCAAGAAGCCCAGAGACUGGGAGGAGAGCAGGGUAAAGCAUCAAGUAGAAUAUUUGGGUCUCAAAGAAAACAUUCGCGUGAGAAGAGCUGGUUACGCCUAUCGACGCAUCUUCCAAAAAUUCCUACAGAGGUAUGCCAUUCUGACCAAAGCCACCUGGCCUUCAUGGAGAGGAGACGAGAAACAAGGUGUCCUCCACCUGCUGCAGUCCGUCAACAUGGACAGUGACCAGUUCCAGCUGGGGAAGAGUAAAGUGUUCAUCAAGGCCCCCGAGUCU